AUGUACUUGCUUGGUGCGCAUUUGCCGGACCAUAAGUUGGUGCGCAUUGCGCUUACUACGUUUUACGGGAUCUCAUACGAGACCGCACGCCGCGUUUGUGCGCGGAUCCAAGUGCAUGAGCGCGCUACCGUUUCUUCCUUGACAGAAGAACAGAUCACAUCGUUGUCUGCAUACCUCUCUUCGCCUGGUCUUAUUCCUGCGCGGUCCAAUACGCCGACCAAGGCCACUGUGGAUGCCCCGCAGCAGCGUGCAAGAGUGUCCGAGACACAGGACGGGCGCGAUUUGCCUCCUUCAGAGCGUCCGCAAGCGUCUGCCGACCCGCUGCGUUCGAUCCUGAUCGAAGGGGAUCUGCGGAGAGACCGCCUUGCGAAUAUUGCGCAUCACCGCUCUAUCGGCACGUACAAAGGGCGGCGGCAUGCAGGUGGAUUUCCUGUGCGGGGCCAGCGAACGCAACGCAAUGCACUCACUGCGCGCCGCCUGAACCGCUUGGAGCGUCGUCAGUACUCUACAGGGGCUGGUCCGCUCACGAUGUUGCUUGCUCCGCUUGCCAAUGCGCGCUUCCAAUAA